GUUGUUUGCUCAGUUAGCUUAGUUUGCUUAAUCGAUCGACCAUGAUGAAGUUGAAUUUGACACGGAAGCAAAUAAUUGGACUAUUGAUAGUUGGGCUAUUAGUAAUUAUUUGUGCUGUGGUAGUUGGCAUGGCGAAAUUUGAGAAGACAUCAGACCCGCCUCGAUAUCACUUCAAGAUUCAACGAAAUGUACAGAUUGUCGGCGGGAAGACUUUGAUCGUUAACACAGUAAACGGUAACAUAAAGGGACCCGCGAUUAACGUGAGAAGAGGAGAAAGACUGUCCGUUCUACUUACAAACGAGCUACCGGACCACGGAGUAAGUCUUCACUGGCACGGGUUUGAGAUGAGAGGGGUCCAGCACUACGACGGGGUGGUGGGGCUCACCCAGUGUGCUGUGGCACCUGGGGAGAGCUUUCUUUAUGAGUUUGUAGUGGAUGAAGAACCAGGGACGUAUUGGUGGCAUGGACACUCCAAUAUGGUGCCUGUUGGGCAUGAUUUCAUACGAGGUCCUCUUAUUGUUCAACCGGCAAGUUGGAGCAGUGCCAAAGAUGAUUCAACUUCUGGGUCUUAUGUUCGUGGGAAUGAAAUAUCACUUUUUUACAAGGAUUUAUUUCCGAACUUUCCUGGUUACGACCAUCCUUUAACCAUGGGAGGUCUUGUUCGCAGCCCUCUCCCUGAUUUUGAGGGUUACCACAGCGGUGCUAUCGGGUGGACAUCUGGUAUCUUGAAUGGAGAAGCAGAGCCAAUAAUAGAUGUUCAAAACGGGGAGAUUUUGUUUAGGGUUAUUAAUGGAGGAGGAAUCUUUUCCUAUUUCUUUAGUGUUGAUGGAUACAAACUCACGGUCGUAGGAACUGAUGGAGGAUCAGUUGAACCAUACGAAACAGAUGUGAUCCUGAUCAGCGCUGGAGAAAGGUACGAUGUCCGGAUCAACUUCAACUUAACUCAGCCCCAUCAGAAUGUUUGGAUUCGAGCAAUGACUCCUUCUGCAGAGCAGAAGAGAGGGAUUAUGGGUGUCCUCAGGAUCCGUGCGAACGAAAGUAUCUCAUACCAAGAAGACUCGCCAGAGACGGAACUAGUGGACAUGACCAAGGCCAAGAUUCUGAACUGUGACAUGUUCGAGAUGCCACAGUAUGACUGUAACUCCGUGACAAAUCUGAUCUCCACGAUCAAAAGAGUUCGACUACCGGAAUCAGAGACCCACAUUGCAGAUUUCUUGUUCCAGUUUGUGCCCCAAUACGGUCACCUGUGGUCAAUAGACCACGGAAUUUGGAAACAAAGUGUUUUACCUCAUAAAGCCAUGAUUGCGGACAGUUUCAACCCAGUGGAGGAUCUUCACCCCAACACUGAUGUCCUGACUCUGCCUCUAAACAAAUCAGUAACUAUAAUCAUACGUUCUGUCACAGCAUUUCCUCACCCAAUACACCUUCACGGUCACAAGUUUGAAGUACUGGAGGUGGCUACCAGGCUUAGAAAAGACUGCCCUGACGGUAGAUGUGACCUGCCCAAUAUAGACAGAGUGUUCACCACAAACAUAGAGGCUCUCAGUACACGACCAAGACAAGGAGUUCUGAAAGACACUGUGAUAGUCCCAGUUGGUGGAGCGAUCGCCAUCAGGUUCAACACGGACAACCCCGGUGUGUGGUUCCUGCACUGCCACCUGGACCAGCACAUGGAGGACGGACAGGGCUUCAUUGUACACGAGGGAGGAUACACCCAGUCUACAUUCCCUCCUGACUAUCCUUCCUGCGACUACGAGGGCAAACUGCAACAUCACGAGACUGCUGAUUGUAACUGUUACGAGGACACUAGUUUGGAUGAGAGGUGGAGGAUGAAGAGCACAAUGAAGUGCAGUAAACCCCAUCUGUGCAGACAUGUGCUGGGUACGUGAUUUACACAUGUAGACUGUAGAGUGUAGACUGUAGAGUGUAAAGUGUAGACUGUAGAGUGUAGACACUUUAAAUGAAGUGUUUCGAUUUGUUUCGACCAAUAAUGGUACUGUUAGAUACAGUUUUGAAAAUAAUUUUAAACACACUUUCAAUCGAAUGAUGAAGACAUAUAAAUUUAGUAAAAUUAGUAAAAUUAUUUUCUGCUCGAAGAAAAUUAUGUUGAUUAGUCAAGAUUUAUGGCAGAAACCCACUUUUUUGGAUGAUUUGCCAGCUUAAAUAUACAAAUUAUUCAAGCAGCAAGAUUUAAUAAUAUACGUAUUAUGCGGACCCUCUUAGAAAGUUUAUUGAGUAAAUUUCGAUUGUUUGUUUAUUUUCAUAUUUUGUAUUCAUGUUCCGACCCUCAUACAUGUUUCACGAUUCA